CUUAAGAUGAAGUGUUAAGACAAUAAACCUGCUUCAUAAUCAUAUUAAUUUCUUGAUAAAUUAGGUGAAGGGUAUAUAUAAUCUUUUAAGCUUAAGUUCUUUUGGAUUUAUAUGGAAGGUGAAGCAAAUAUCCACUGGUUAGAUAUAUGCAUGUAAAUUAGUAAAGAACACCAUGAAUAAAGAGAGGAUACUUCUUUAAAGAGAAAUAAAGAUUUUGUAAUUGUUAAAAGGAAAAAAGGGUAAUGAUUAAUUUGCUAAAUGAAGGAUUUACCCAAUUAAUAACUUCUGGCUAAGAUCAUAGAAAUACAUAUUUUAUAAUGAAUUUACUAGGAGAAAACUUAGAAUAAAUUAGAAUGAAAUGUGGCAAUUUUGAUAAUACAACUAUUUUAAAUACAGGAUAAUAGAUGGUUUAAUUAUUAAAAGACUUACAUCUUUCAAAUAUUAUACAUAGAGAUAUAAAACCUGAGAACUUUAUGGUUUUUUAGGAUAAACUCUAUCUUAUUGAUUUUGGAUUAUCAAAACUGUAUAUAUAAGAUGGAAAACAUAUAGAAUUUAAAGAAAACAAAGGUCUGAUUGGAACUGCUAGAUAUGCUUCAAUUAAUUCUUUAAAAGGAAAUGAAUAGUCAAGAAGAGAUGAUUUAGAAUCAGUAGGUUAUUUAUUAAUUUAUUUAUAUUUGGGCACUUUACCAUGGAAUAAUAUUGUGGCUGAAGAUAAGACUGUUAAGUAUUAUAAAAUAUAAAGAAUGAAAGAAGCAUUUAAACCAGAAUCUUAUAUUAAUCUCCCUCCUGAAAUAUCAAAAUAUUUAGAAUAUGUUAAAAGAUUGAAAUUUGACUAAUAACCAGAUUAUGAUUUUAUGUUCAGAUUAUUUAAAAAAGGAGAAGAUUUAACUGGAACUCCAAAAUUGUAGAUCUAGUAAAAUCAUAUGUCAAUCAAAACUAAUUUAAUACAUUUAAAGAACAUAGAUAGAACUUAAUGUUAGACUACUCGUAAAUUAUUUAAUUAAAAUGAAAAUACUAGUCGUAGAAUCACUUUUGAAGAUCUAAGUUCUGCUGGAGCAGAUAUUAUUGAAGAAUUAGAUAAUAAUGAAAGAAUCUAAUUAUAAAAUCUAUCUGUAGGUAUUAAAUAACCAAACUCUUUUAAUCAAUUCAACAAAUUUAGAAUGGGAUCAGAAUAAAUAUUUGAAAUUCAAAAUAAAUUAUAAUUUCAGGCACCUUUUUCAUUAAAAUAAUUAUAAUGA